AUGUUUGAUAACUCGCAAUAUCCUUACAACUGCUUUAAUUACGAUGGGGAUGACUACCCGCCUUGUAGUUCUGACGAAGAGAAGAAGAUGUCUAGACCUGCCUACAGUUACAUCGCUCUAAUUGCAAUGGCUAUCCAACAGAGCCCAGGAAACAGAGUCACCCUGUCCGGCAUCUAUGACUUUAUCAUCACCAAAUUCCCUUACUACAGAGCGAACCAGAGAGCCUGGCAGAACUCCAUCCGGCAUAACCUCUCCCUGAACAGCUGCUUUGUCAAGGUUCCAAGGUCAGGAGGCAACGAGAGGGGCAAAGGUAACUUCUGGACCUUCGCUUCAGGUUGCGAGUCGAUGUUGGACCUGUUUGAAAACGGGAAUUAUCGGCGAAGGAGGAGGAGGCGGAGUGUGAAACGGCUCCCGAAGUAUCACUCCAACAGAAACGAAGAGCCCCAGUCCCCUGAGUCGGGAGCAGUGGACAAUCUUCCCAGCGGACGGCCGCAGGACACCAGCCCUCUACACAAAGCCGAGUCAGAAAUCAAAUUCAGCAUCGAUUACAUUCUGUCCGCCCCGGACCCCUCACCUGGGCUUCGACCCCAGCACAACUCACAAAGUAACAGACUGCUGCUCCUGGAUCACCAACAAGUCCCCCUACAAUUCUGGACAAAGUGAACCCAUUUUUACUAAUCAGUACAUGUCUGCCCGGCUCUGAAGAGAAACCACCCCAAGUCAAGACGUACAUGAACCCUUCGAUGUCCAGCAUCAGUUGUACUGUGAACCAUUAUGUGUAAAUCUGUUCCUCUGUUCGGCCGGGGACUUCAAACCCCUUUCUGACUCCAGCGAGCCUUAAAAUUCCAAUCUCUGACCCAGGGCCUGGUUUAAAAAAGCACGCAGAAGGCCAACUCCACAAUGGACAUUCCCCGCCCCGCUCAGCAGCGAGUGCUGCCUGAUUUUUGUGAUGGUGAUGAGUUUGUAAACCACCUUCUGUUUCAUCG